CUCUCUCUCUCUCUCUCUUAGUUCACCAUCCAAGAAAGGUCUCUUAAUUUCAAACUCUUUUACUCGCUAGAUUUGUUGGGUUAUCAGUUAUUUGCCAGAAGUACCCUUUUCUUCAUUUUCAAUGUCAAAGCCUAAAUAGCGCCGCCGUCGAACCAUGAUCGUUAGAACUUACGGUCGCCGCACCCGUGGUUUAACCAGAACUUUCUCCGACUCCGUAAACGACUACGUUUCCGACUCCCCUCCACUCUCUCAAGAAACGGUGCCGUCUGAGGACGUGUAUAGUUUCCCUUUCGCCACUCAAGAGUCAUCUUCCUUUUGGCCAUCAUCACAAGAACUCAACGACGACGUUUACAAGGACCGUGUAACGACAGGUUUGGAAGCAUCCCACGGUGGUUUCGGUUUCGACGAUUUGGGAAACGACGUCGUAGGGAGAUCCAAGAAGCAGAAACAAAGCCAGGGUAAGAAAGAGGUUAGGGAUUCUUCAAUUCCUUGGAUUUCGGUCACUUCGUCUUUGAUGGAAGCUCAAGAGUACGGGGAAAUGAUGGAACAUGUUGAUGAGGUUAAUUUCGCGCUCGAUGGGUUAAAGAAAGGUCAACCAGUGAGGAUCAGAAGAACGAGUCUUUUGUCUUUGCUUUCAGUUUGUAGUACGGCUCAACAAAGGCGACUUUUGAGAACUCAUGGGAUGGCAAAGACAAUAAUUGAUUCUCUUUUGGGUCUCAACUUUGAUGACACCCCAAGCAAUCUUGCUGCUGUUGCUCUUUUCUAUGUCUUGACAAUUGAUGAUCAAGAUGAGCGUCUCCUAGAAUCACCUAGUUGCAUUCACUUUCUAAUUAAAUUGUUGAAGCCAGUCAUCCCCACUGCUAAAGAAAACAAAACAGGGAAAGUGGGUUUUAAGCUUUUGGCACUAUGCAAGGAUGGUGGCAUCUCACGAAAUACAACUAAAUCGUCGGAUUCAAGCUCUGCUGAGAUUAUUUCCAAAGUUGAGGAAAUUCUCGUUAGUUACAAGGAAAUGAAGUCAAGAUGUGGGGAUGAUAGUGAUUUAAGAAGGCCAGAAUUAAACCCAAAAUGGAUAGCUUUGUUGAUUUUGGAGAAAGCUUGUUUGUCAAAAAUUUCUCUUGAAGAUGCAACUGGCAUGGUAAGGAAAACUGGGUGCAAUUUGAAGGAAAAACUAAGAGAGUAUGGAGGACUUGAUGUUGUCUUUGAAGUGGCUUUGGAAUGCCAUUCUGUUUUGGAGGGUUGGUUGGAGCAGAGUUCAUCUUCUCCUCUUAUAGAAGAUAAAAAAGAUGUGCAGAGCUUGGUGCUGCUUUUAAAAUGUUUGAAGAUCAUGGAAAAUGCUGCAUUCCUCAGUAGCGACAAUCAGAGUCAUCUGUUAGAAAUGAAAGGGCAAUUGAACUCUCAUGGAUCUAGAAUAUCUUUUACAAAGCUUGUUGUAAGUCUAAUCAAGAUUCUCUCAGGGCUUUAUCUUAAGAGUUCUUCUGCAUCGUCCAGUACUGAUAGGGACUGUAGUAGUUCUAAGGAAAUGGCUAAUGCUGAUAUUUUUGCUCCAACUGCAGAAUAUAAAGUGGAUAGACGUGAUGUUGUCUCCACCAGUUCGUCUGAAAAGUCCUCUAGCUUGGAUUGGUCCUUCUCUGGAAAGAGCUUCAAUGCAUCCCAGAAUGAUCCAGGGCCCUCAACUCGGUGGUUGGGUCAUUCUGUGUCCAGUUCCCAAACUGCUACUGCAUCUUCAAAUGACGGUUGUUUACCAAAGAUGAGAGUCCAUUCUUCUAGUGGGAAAUUAGGAAGUUCAUUUGAUAGAAUACCUGGAACAAGCAAUAGAUCAGGGACUCUUUGCGAGAGAUCUGAUGGUACUAAAAAUGGCAACCAACAACUUUUAGAGGAUAGUCAAGAUCCUUUUGCAUUUGAUGAUGAUGAUUUUGUGCCUUCGAAGUGGGAUGUACUAUAUGGGGAAAAAAAGAAAUCCAGAACCAAAAAACAUGGGAAACUUGGGCUAAGAAAGAGAGAAAUCCAAGAUGAGCAUCAUUUCCAAUUUAAAAUGAGCCAACAAGAAUCAAGUAAUGGGGAAAUUUGCCAGAGAGAAAAUGAAGAAUAUCAUCAUUCUAAUGCAACUUCUUGUUCUCAAAGUACUGAAGAAGAAUAUUCCAGUCUUCUGUCAGACUGCCUUCUUGCUGCUGUCAAGGUUUUGAUGAACUUAACAAAUGACAACCCUCUUGGCUGUCGACAAAUUGCUUCUUCUGGGGCCUUAGAGACCUUGUCUGCAUUGAUUGCAAGCCACUUCCCUUCAUUCUGCUCAUAUUUACCUCGCAUCAAUGAAAUGGACGAAACUUCAAGUGACAUACCUCUUACUGAUUCAGAGUUGGAUUUCCUUGUAGCAAUACUUGGUCUGCUUGUAAACCUAGUGGAGAAAGAUGAAUACAACAGAUCACAGCUUGCAGCAGCUUCUGUUUGUUUACCAAAUUCAAAAGGGUCAACAGAGGAGAGUCGCAUGGCUGUGAUUCCAUUGCUAUGUGCCAUCUUUCUUGCAAACCUUGGAGAAGAGGAUGCAGCUGGCGAAGUUCUGUCUUGGAAUAAUGAAGCGGCGUUGCUACAAGAAGAGAAAGAAGCUGAGAAGAUGAUUUUAGAAGCCUACGCAGCUUUACUACUUGCAUUUCUUUCUACCGAAAGUAAGCGCACACGAAAUGCUAUUGCUGAUUGUCUCCCAAAUCGCAGUCUAUCAAUUUUGGUUCCAGUGUUGGAGAGAUUUGUGGCGUUUCAUUUUACGUUAAACAUGAUUUCUCCGGAGACUCAUAAAGCUGUGAACGAAGUGAUCAAGUCGUGUAGGAUACCAUGAGAGAUCUAAUGAAAACUUCUGUACAGCCAACGUUCUCUGUUUUAGAUUAGCGGCACCACCUGCAGAUGAGGACAGGACUUGCCGGAAAACUGUAUCGAGCUAAGCUCUCUGUUAUAGUGCAUUGACCCUUUUGUUUUUGCUUUUACCCCACCCACCAUUCUUCUUUUUUCUGUAUUUCUCUUUUCUGAUAAUAUUAUUAUUAUUCUUUUUGUUACCCUAUUUCAUCUUCUUCAAGCAGGCCUAUACACACGUAUAUGAAAGUGAAAGCAUCUUCAAUUAGUUUUUCUUUGCCGUGUGUAUGUAACGUAUAUAUAUAGUCCAUAUAUAUAUAGUGCUAAACUGUGUGCUUCUAGAUUUUGUUGAUAUUUAGAUCUGUUUAUGCGGCAGAUGAUUUCUUUUGACUCGUAUUGGCUUGGACAAUGAAAGUUUUACCUUGAAUUA